AUGGCAGAAACUGAAGCACGAGAGAGCAAACAGAAUGUAGAACACCCCAUGAUUACCAGAAGUAAAGCUGGCAUUUUCAAACCAAAAGCCUACUCAACUCAAUGUAAGAUGGAGCACACCGGACUUGAACCAAAUGAUGUGUCUGAGGCCUUGGAAAAUAAAGACUGGAAAAAUGCAAUGGAGGAUGAAUAUAGAGCCUUUCCAGUAAUUAAAGCCUCAACUCUGAGAAUAAUCCUUAUUGUAGUCUCAAAGAAUUGGAGUGUUAGAAAUGAUAACAAGUUGUUGCAAAGCUUCAUCAACAACUUAAACGCACAGUUUGCACUAAAGGACAUUGGUGAGCUACAUCAGUUUCUAGGAAUUGAAGUAAGAAGGGAUGAAUUUGGUAUACACCUUAGUCAAGUUAAGUACAUAACAGACUUGUUAAAAAGAUUCAACUUUGAGCAUCUUAAAUCUUGUACAACACCUAUGACACUAGGCAAGUAUAUUUCUAAAAAUGAAGUUGAAAAGAUGACUGAUUCUUCCUUAUAUAGAAGUGCAGUUGGUGGACUGCAGUAUCUGGCACAUAUAAGGCUUGAUAUAUCAUUUGCAAUGAACAAGUUAAGUCAGUUUCUACAAACUCCUUCAGAUGUACAUUGGAAACUAGUGAAAAGAGUUUUCAGAUAUCUAAAAGGGACAAUUGAUCAUGGCUUAUGGAUUCAAAGAAGUGACAGAAUAAGCAUCACUGCUUUUGCUAAUGCAGAUUGGGCUUUAUGCCCUGAUGACAGGAGGUCAACAGCCGAGUAUUGUGUGUAUUUGGGAGACACUUUAGUUGUCUGGUCUUCAAAGAAACAGUAG